AUGUACGGAGAACAAGGAAACAAACUCGUUCUCCACGCGAAACGAACCCAAAAUCUUGCCCACCUACCACCCUAUCAGACCGAGCUAGUCCGCGCCGUGACGCGCGAGGUGCGGGAUCUCGAUGAGGAUGUGACAGCUAUCAUGGAGCCCUUCCAAGGUUCUUUUGUUCCGGGAGAGAACCCCGCAACGGCCUGCACGCUUUUAGUGAGCUACAUGGCCAUGAGGAGAAAUAAACGGUGCCUUCUUGCCUACCAUCGAACGCGGACAGACAAGCUAGAAGAGCUUGUGUGGAAGGGCUAUGAUGUCGUAGACCUAUCCGGGGCGGAUGCGAGCAAGAGUAGCCUGAGUCCACCAGAGGAGGAGUACGUGAGGGAAUACGGCGAUCUCCUAGCAGCGUACAAAGGACAGUGGACAGAUAUAGACCUUACCGGAAGCCUGGAGCCGCCAAGGGACUUGUUUGUGGACGUUCGAGUUCUCCGAGAUGCAGGGACAAUAGAGACGGAGUACGGGCCGAUUACCCUCACCAAGAACAGCCAGCUUAACGUGAGACACGGCGAUGUAGAGCGCCUAAUCGCCCAGGGCUACUUGCAGAAAUUGAGCUGA